ACCAUCUCCAUGCUGUGGAAUGUUCUGCUCACCUCAGCAGUAAAUUACAGCAACGACAAACACCGACAACUUUAAGAUGACCCAGUGGGAGGAACUGUUGAGACGGAACUUAAUCCAGGGCCGGUUGAGUCAGUUGUAUGAGAGAAAAUUCCCCAGACACAUCCGCCACUCUCUGUGCCUCUGCUUAGAGAGCCAGGACUGGGAUUUGGCAGCUUUGGAUGAAAAUAAAGCAAGAGCUUGUUUCCAUGCACUCCUGAUGUAUUUGGAUGAACAGUGGAAUCAUUCUCUCCAGGACAAUAACUUUUUCCCAGGACCUGAUUUUCUAGGGAUGAAAGACUACUUGGUGAAACACUUUCAAGAUGAGCCACUGAACUUGGCUGUAAUCCUCUCUGAAUGCCUACAGGAGGAAAAGAAAGUUCUGGCUUCAGCCUCUGAAAAACAGGGUUGUGGCAGUCCAGCUGUGCAACAAAAAUGGAAAGAGCUGGACAGAGGAGUCAAUGAACUGAAAAGACAGACUCUGGAGGUAAAGAAGGAAGUUAAGUCACUGGAGCUCCUGAAUGAAAACCUUGACUAUGUACAGAAGACCUGGCAAAACAAAGUGGAGCAGGACAGUGGAUUGGCCCAAUCCAAUGCUGCUGUGAAAGAGGGGUGUCUGAAGCAGGCCAACUUUAUCAUGCAAACAAAAGAGAUGGUGCUGCAGCAGAUAGUGGACAUUUUAAACCAGGCAGAGCAGAUUGUUGCAGCUCUCACUGAUGUGGAGCUGCCUGAGUGGAAGCGCAGGCAGCAACUGGCCUGCAUUGGAGGUCCAGUCGACACCAGUCUGGACCACCUCGAGGAGUGGUUCACAGCUGUGGCAGACGUGCUAAUACAAGUAAACCAAGAGCUGCAGAAACUACAAGACCAGAGCAAGAAAUACAACAGCCCUGAUGCCUCCAGCUUCCCUAGAGAAACUGAGAACUUUACACUGUCCUUACUCACAAAACUUCUGGCAAAUGCUCUAGUGGUGGACAAACAACCCAUCAUGUCGAGUUUACCACAACGACCUCAGAUUCUUAAGACCGGGGUGCGGUUCACAGCAGCAGUCAGGUUCUUGACAAAUCUCCCUGAAUUCAAGUGCCAGCUCAAAGUGAAACCUGUAUUUGACAAGGAUGUAGAAGAAACCACAACUGUUAAUGGGUACCGUCACUUUGACUUCACCAGUGAUAACAGUAAGGUGUUGGAUGUGGACAGGCCUGAUGGAGGCUUGGUGGCAGAAUUUGCACACAUGACACUCAAGGAAAGCAAAGCAAGACCCAAAGGAUCAUGCGAGAGUCAUCUGGGAGUCACCGAAGAACUCCACAUCAUUAAGUUUGUGACAGAGCUCCAGUUUGCUGGUCUGAGUUAUAACAUUGAGGCCAGCUCCCUGCCUGUGAUUGUCAUCUCCAGUACCAGUCAGAUCCCCAGUGCCUGGGCCUCUGUCAUGUGGUGCAAUAUGCUGUCCACCAGCGAACCAAGGAACCUGUCAUUGUUUGUCGACCCUCCUCCACUCACCUGGCAGCAGCUGUCACAGGUUCUGAGCUGGCAGUUUUUGUCUGUUGGCCAACGAGGACUUGAUGAAGAUCAGCUCUCCAUGCUGAGAGACAAAAUUGUGGAUAAUCCUGAUGGUAUUAUUCAUUGGAACAAGUUCUCCAAGAAUGAAAGUGUCUGGAUUUGGAUUGAUGGAAUCCUGGAUUUGAUCAAAAGACACCUAGUGGAUCUUUGGCAGGAUGGGUACAUCAUGGGGUUCGUAAGCAGGGAGACAACACGGGACCUGUUGAAGGAAAAACUGGGACCUUUCUGAUUCGAUUUAGCGAGA